UCACUACAGUAUACAACACUGUUUUAUUCCACGUGACGGUAAUAUUUAACUUAUAACAAGCUUAUUUACGCUAUAAAAAUUAUUUAAUGAUGAACCAAUAAGAGAUUUAGUCCUAAAAACCUAACGAAAAGUGAUAUUUGAGCAUCCGGAACGGUCAAGUCAACACAGAUCCGGAUUCAGUCACCGAACACCGCCUGUCAUGUUUACAUUCUUGUCCCCGCAGACGACACACUAGUUGUUAUGGUCACCAGCCUAGGGAACAUGGGCCACACUGCAUUAACUGAGACGUGGAUCUGUAAAAGUUUGUUUCAUACAAUGUAGCCCUCUGUUGGCUCUAAGGAGAAUGAUGUGAGUCUGCAUUCAAGAGAUGAUGAUUACACAAGAGGAAGAUGAUUUGGAGGAGGAGUUACGUUGCCUCGAUAUCCGUGAGGACCACGGGGCAGAAGACAGCGAUGUCACACCAACAAACACUCCUCCAACUUCACUUCCCAUCCUCUACAUCAAGAAAUAUCCCCCACCCAAACCAAACUAUGAGGAGCACAAGGAUUUUGGAAGAUAUUCAAGAACGGAAGAAUAUGACAACAGAUCUGAAUCAUCUUUGUCAUGGGGCGAUGAUGAGUUUGAAGGAGAGGCCACAAGACAAGUCGGUGUUCUUUUUGAUCAACUGGACUUUCUCCUAUAUAAAGAAGAGACGACAUUUUCUCCCAUACCGUAUUCUUCAAAUUGUAGUGAAACUGGCAGUCUGUCAGCUGGCCAUGAGUUAGAUAUCUCUGUGGGGCCAGUUGAGGAUUCAGAGGAUUCAUCAUCAUCUGAUCUUAUUGAAAAUCUGACAAGAAUAACAGAUGCAGCAAGAACACAGGAGUAUCAAAGAGAUAUAUUUUUUGAUGUAGAAGGAGUAGAUCCAUCAGAUAUCUUGUAUAACAGUAAUCGAUUAUUAAAAUCCAGUCCAGGACUCAGCGUUGGCGAAGCUAAUGAACCUACACCAGAAUUACAAGAAGAAUGUUCAAGUUGGGUGCAUCAGUUCCCACAUUUCAGGGUGAGAGGACAUUGUCUAAAUUUGAAACUGUUAACUUUUCUUGAGGAGCUUGUAGCUGAGGACAGUCUUGUCCGGGAAAAUUAUGAAGAGAAGGAAGAGGAGGUAAUUGCCCACGAUGGUGACUUUCACCACUUGUUACCUUUAGUUACAUUUUCAAGUGCCAAUCAAACCAGACGAUCUUUUAGUGACGACCCAAAGAGGGAAACCUGCAGCAGUAGAGUGUGUAGUGGAUCUAAUGACCCUGAAGUGUUAAAAGAGCAAAUAUUGAUAAUGCUUUUUGAAAAGCUGUGGUCAUCUGUGACAGAGACAAUUGAGCCACUUCUACACCAAUAUGCCAAAUAUAUAAUAGAACAAUCAGUGCAAUACUUGUCUCUAUCCAGGGAGCCUAGUACUCGAGGGUCAAGGGUAGGGUCUCACACACCCAUAAGGAAAAUAAGUGAAGAAGUGAUAAGGUCAAACAUAAAGUUUCCAAAGCCUUAUUAUGGUGUUUACAGACCAGUUAGUGGUGAGAGCAAUAGAAAAUAUGAAACAAAAAGACCAUCAAGUGGCAUCAAGAGACCGUCCAGUGCCGUCAACAGGCUACAAAACACUCAGUCUGCACCAGGCAUCCACCAAAAAGAAUUACAAGAUUUAUUGCAAAUAUCUUCCAAACCUUUACAAAACUGUGAAGAUAGAGUGAGACUUCGAACGUCAUCAGCCUCAACAACCAGAGAAUCUUCAGCUAAGUCACAAAUAUCUCUCCCAUCUCUGGCUACUCCAAGAACUCCUGUGCAUAGGCCAGUGUCAUCAAAAUCCUCCAAUCAUCUUCUUACUCCUGUGAGAGUGGACGGCCUCACCAACUGUGGAGAACAACGACCUGCAACUACCUCUUCUUAUAAUGCUCGUGCCAGAUUCCAAGAAAAGUUUCAACAUAUGAGUCGACAAGGGACUAUUCAGGAGUCUUGGGGAGAUAACUCAGGGUUGGAUAUUGAGGAGGAUGCUCUGGAGGUUGCAAAUUCUGCAUGGUCAAGACACAUACCCUUUCUCCCACCUAUCGCUGAUGGUGGUGAUAUUUCUAAUAAAGGAAAUGUUGGGAAACAGCCAUUGAGACUUAAUUCCACAUCACGGAGGAGAGAUUCAUCUACUGAGAGACCACUCAACAGUGUUCAAGAUUCUCAGCAGCCAGAGUCCCCGCUCAUGACAGGGGAAGAUCUCUCGUUAUCCACUCUUAGCGUUAAAGGCACCACCCUGUCGGCUGCACACCGCCCUCAUGCUUACACCAGACCUAAAAAUCACAUAUGGGCCUCAGGAAUGCGGCCAGUUGAACCAUUCUUGUCAUGGGUAGUGCAACAUGUUGACAGAGAAGCUCGCUCAGUAGGGCAAGAUGAAGACCUGCCCGUCAAGAAUGCUUUUGUAAAUGAGGAAAACAAAAACUUGUGUAUGAGGCGGACUAAACAUUUUAGAAGGUACUUCCAUCACUGAGGUCGGAGGAGGCCAGAAACUAAUGCGCCCUCAUCAGAAAUGAAAAUGUAGUUGAUGAAGCCAUUACGAUAUUUGUACUGGAUAUGUGGUUCCUAAGAUGAGUGUCUGUGAGUGCAUUAAUAUAAGCCUUGUCAUAAUGGUGGCAUUUAUGUGAUAUACAUUAACAUAGGCAUAGUCACAUUAAUAUAGGCCUACCAUAGUCAUUAUGGUGGCAUUUAUAUAUCAAGAAGACUAUAAGCAAGAAUUUACAUGAGCAAGAGAUGGGUGAAUCAAUGACACUAGAAUAAGUCAAGUGUGAUGAGCAAGUGUUGGCGUUCAGAAAGCCAUUGACAAUAAAUUAAAGUAAUUCAUUUCGUGCGUAUACGUGUAUAUUUUUUCAUAGCUAGGAGAGUAAAGCAUUUCUGUCUUUAAACUCUUAGACUUUUCUAAUGAUGUUCUACUUAAGAUAAGGACUGUAAGAGCUGAACAUUAUCCAUCUGCUGAACUAUAGAAACUCAGUUGGCUUUUGAACAAGUGUGGUGAAUAAUUGUGCAUGAAAUGAAUAUAAUUCGUGAUUUGGGUAAGUCACUCGUAAGAAACCAUAUUGACUUAUCUUCAUAGGCCUAAUUGUGUAUAACAGGACACCACGAGUAUUGCCUCUUAGUAAUCAAAAUAUAACAGUAAAGAGACUGUCCUGGAACAAAUAUAAAUAACUGCUGGAAAUAUAAGACAACUAGUGACUGCUUCUGGAAUGUGGAAUUAUAACUUCAUUAUUAGGAAUUGAUUGUAACAAAUCCUAUUAAUUGAUUACUGGGUAUUUACCCCGAAAAAAAUCAUUUUAAGCAUGAAAAGAAUCACUAAGUGUAAAGUGGGUUGGGAUAUGCAGUACAAUACUUAUAAAUUCCUAGGGCUGUAAAAUAAUAUAGCAGCCUGUUUUGUCCUGUGCCUGUAUAGAGUCAAGUCAGUAGAGUUUUCUAGUUCUCUACUGGCAUGGAAAUAAUAUCUGUAGCCAUUAAGGAAAGACUUCAUUUCAGCAAAUAACCAAAAUAUUUAUUAUUACAGUUAGGAUGUAAAUGAAACACAAUUUUUUGUACUAUAAGCAUUUCUCAUAUAUCUUUAGUAUACAGUAUAGUAGUUGCUGAGCUCAUCUUAUUCAUUGAAUUUAUUUUUUAUUUGUGGUAUACUUAAGGUUUUCAUGUAUUGAACCAGAGGGACCUUACAAGGGACGUUAUAGUUAUCUGUCCAAUUAGAAAUCAGAUUUGGUUUUCUUGGGUGGAUUGAAUAAUCUCCUUUGUAGUUUACAGGAUAUCAGAGGGUGACCCAUGAAGUAUAUCAGUACACUGAACACCUGUGACAGUGCCAUCCACAUUAGAGGGUAUGAUAGUUCAUCGGUAGGAAACAAUUUCUUAGUGAGAAUGCUAUUGUUUUGAAACAGCUCCUUACUUAGUUACAUCAAAUAUCAUAUAAGAUAUCCAGUGGUGCUAUGGCUACCUUUAAUGGUGAAUGAGGUAUCUCAGCCAGGAGUGAAGAAUUCUCACCAAACAACUUAUCUCAAAGUACCUUUUAACUGUAAUUGUAGUUACAAUAUUCAGGAGUCCCUCCUCAUUCCCUGCAACUCAGAUGAAAGAGCAACACUAAAACCAGUGUUCAGGAAAUCCCUAGAUCAAAGUAAAGGACAUAGAGACUGAAAAUCAGCCAACAUCACCCUAAUAUUCAAGAAAGGUAGGAGUGGUACAGAGAACUACAAUCAGCUUGAUAACAAUAUGUAUGUGCAAAUUCUUGGAAAACCUGACAGCAUAAUUUUGUUCACACUCCUAGAUAUGGUAAUAGACUACCUGGCCCAAGGUUUACUAUGCAUCACUGGAUACCUUAAAAGACUAGGUGUAUUUGGGUGAGGAGCUGUUUACAGUACAGUAUAUAAUUGCUUUGUUUCCCUGUAUGAGGCUUUCUGUUCAUUAACUAUCCUACGUCUGUGUGGUGAUAUAACUCAUAGGUCACCCUCUAAAACCCUCAGCUAUAAAAGUGUACAGUAUUUCAAAAUUCAAUCCUCUUAUUUAUUUAUUUUUUAAUUUGAGAAUGGAAACAAUCUCAAUCAUGAUUUUUUUGUUUCUCUUUUUUUUUUUUACUGCAAUUGAUAUUGGGUCUUGGUUUGCAAUACAUGGACUUUUUUUUUUUAAGCUGAGGAUGGAGCCAAGUGAGACCAAUAUAGUUUACUUCAGAAAUUUUUCUGUAAACCUGUUGAAUCUGUCUAUGAAUACCUUGGCACAGUCAAAUGUAUUCAACUUCAAAAUAUGAAGGCAGCAACUGAUUAGGGAUCUGUAGCUAUUUUAGGUCAUUGACCAGUAUGUUAAGAGUGUGUACAGGUUGUACCUCUCUAGUCCAGCAUUCUGUGGUCCGGAACGAUUUUAGUUUGUCCAAUAGGUAGAUAGGCAGCUUG